AUGUUAAACCUGUCACAGCUGAACAAAAAGCUUUUCUUCGCCAUUUUCUCCUGUUGUCUAGCUGGAGCUUUCCAUCAUGGUUACCACAUGACCGCCUUCAACAUCCCCCACCAGGCCCUAAUAGACUGGACAGUUAAAAUCGAAGCCAACCAAUCGGAAUACCAACACGCUACAUGGUCAAUGACGUCGUCCAUGUUCCCUUUCGGCGCCUUCAUAGGCUCUAUUUUCACCAACUUCAAGUUCGGUCCUAGGAAAGUUCUUUUCCACAUCAGUUUUUUCGCCCUUUUGGGUCAAGCUUUAAUGAACCUGUCGAAGGAGCUGGAUUCUCUGCUAAUAUUAAAUUCGGGACGGUUCAACGUGGGAGUGAGUACUGGGAUAUGUUCUACCGCAUCCGCUUUUUACUUGUGGGACAUCGCACCAACGGAAAACCAAAAAACAGCGAUAGUCUUCUUCCAAUUCUUCGUCAUGAUUUCUGUGGUCACAUCUCAAGUCAUCGGGAUGUUCGUGGGCCGCGUGAGCUGGAUUAUGGCCAUCAUGUUUGCUACCAUACCAUUAACAUUCGGGAUAAUCUGUUUGCAGUUUUGCCCAGAAUCGCCCAAGCACAUCCUGUUUCGUAAACAAGACGAAACCCGUGCCAUGUCGCGGCUGAUAUGGCUCAGGAACAGCACGAAAGUUACCGAAGCUUUUGAAAACAUGAAACAAGAACAGAACGCGUUGGGUUUGGCACCGGAAAUGACUGUAAAGAACAUUUGGAGUAAGAAACUUUUGCUUUGCUUCAUUGUGACGGUCAGCGAACAGCUUUGUGGAGUUAGCGUUUUCAUUUAUUACUCUAGUGAAGUUCUUCACAAUUUUGGAAUGAGGAACGACGAGCCGGAGUACGUUACAAUCGGUAUUGGAUUAUGUAUGACGCUGGGCACCAUUAUAGCUCUUGUAGUUAUUGACAGUUUGGGACCUAAAACUUUAUUGUUAAUUAGUUUAGCUUUGCUGUUUUUUGCAACAACCGCCUUAUCUAUAGUUUUUCAAUUGACGAUAACUAGUGGCGAGGCACCAGAGUGUUGGUUGUUCGUUACGUGUGUUGGGACCGUUUUACUAUAUGGCUUUGCCUACGGUUUAGGGCGUUGGCGACAGCAUUGGUACAACCAAUAA